UGAAUUUCCUUAUCCAAUAUGUUUGUUCUACAUGUAAUAUUAUUCACGCUCAGUGUAGUCGAGGUGUUCGGAUCAUAUUGGCAUCCGCAUCAGCAUAUGUCAUGGAAUAACGUCGUUGGAGAGAUCCUAGUCAACAGCAGUAUACAUGAGGACGUUUACGUCGUUGAUUUGUUCGACCGCAGGGGAAUUAUUCCUGAGCUACUCAGCAAGGGUAAAAAAGUAGUCUGCUACUUCUCAGCCGGAACUUACGAGGACUGGAGACCAGAUAUAGGCCAGUUUCCCCCUGACGCUCUGGGUAACGGGGUAACAACAUGGAGGGGCGAACGCUGGGUGGACAUCAGGGAUACCAGAAUCAGAGACGUCAUGAGAAAACGCAUCCAGAUGGCGCAGCAGCAAGGUUGCCAUGGCGUGGACCCCGGCAAUGUAGAUGGGUAUACCCAAAGCGACCUGGGCUUCAACCUCACCUACGACAACCAGAUAGAUUAUAACCGAUUCCUAGCCAGAGAGGCUCACAACCAUGGACUUGCCAUUGGACUCAAGAAUGAUUUGUUACAAAUCAAAGACCUACUUCACGACUUUGAUUUUGCCAUCAAUGAAUCUUGUGAACAAUUUCGUUACAAUGUUAAAAAAAACUGUCUCCUGUACCAGCCAUUCUUUGAUGCCAGAAAGCCUGUCUUCCAUAUAGAGUAUGUACGCAGCUCUUCCGCGGCCCACGCUCAACGUAGCGCCAUCUGCAGCAACAGACCUUCUGACAUGAACACCAUUAUAAAAGUCGCACUGACCAACUUCAAAGUCGACUGCUAAGCAUUGCAAUAAACAGGCAGAAUUUUC